CCGCCAAAUUGGGCAAAGGUUUACGACCUGACUCGGGAAAUGCGGCGAAAGAUAAUUGCACCUGUGGAUACGAUGGGCUGUGAAAGGCUAGCUGAGCGCGAAGCGUCGCCAAAGGACCAGCGCUUCCAGACCCUUAUCUCUCUAAUGCUCUCCUCCCAAACUAAGGAUACGGCAACUGCAGCUGCGGUCCGGGGGAUGCAGACACAACUGCCCCCGCCUGGGCUCACAUUAUCCAAUAUCCUGGCCGUUUCUCCAACCGAGCUCAACGCAUUGAUCCGCCAGGUAGGCUUUCACAAUAACAAAACGACCUACAUCAAGCGAACUGCGGAAAUCUUACGCGAUUCAUACAACGGAGACAUACCUGACACUCCGGAAGGACUCAUGUCGCUACCAGGUGUAGGACCUAAAAUGGCAUAUCUAUGCCUGGCAGCUGCAUGGGAUAAAGUUGUUGGUAUUGGAGUAGACGUGCAUGUCCACCGGAUCACGAAUCUCUGGGGAUGGCACAAGACGCGCAAUCCGGAAGAGACGCGCAUGGCGCUGGAAAGCUGGUUGCCGAAAGACCGAUGGCAUGAGAUUAAUCACAUGCUGGUAGGAUUCGGACAGACAAUAUGUUUGCCUGUUGGGAGGAAAUGCGGCGAAUGUGCGCUUGCUGAGCAAGGGUUGUGCCCGAGUGCAGUGGUGAGUAAGACAGUCGAGAACAAAAUC